AUGAGCAAUGAUGGAGUAUCUCUCAAUAUGCGUAUGGCGAUCCCUUGGUUUUUGUGGGGUAUAUGGAAGCAUCGUAAUGGUAUAAAAUACGCUGGGACUCAAGGUGAUUUGAAUGCUCUUGUAACUCAUGCACUUGAAGAAGCGGAGGUGUGGAAUAAGUUAAUGGAGGCACCAUCACAUUCUUCAAGUGGCAGGGCUACGGUUAUUAGACUUGAUUCUCGUUGGUCUAAACCUCCGCUUGAGAUGCUCAAAUGUAAUAUCCAUGUGUCAUGGUUGAAUGAUUCUCACAUGUGUGGUGGAACGUGGAUUGUAAGGAAUCACCAAGGAGAUGCAGUCUUUCAUGCGAGAGAAAUGUUUUUACCAGCUUCAAAUCGCAUUGCCGCUGAAUUAAGAGGGUUUUUAUGGAUGUUACACAGUCUUUAUGAUCUACAUUUGAAUAACAUCGAGGUUUGGUCGGAUUGCAAUGCUGCAGUGGAAGCAAUUAUUGAUUCACCAAAUUGGCCACGGUAUCAUUCUUAUCUUGACAGAAUUCACCGCUUACUUCCUCAGUUUGGUAAAGUAAUUUUCAAGGUAUCAUCUACAAAAGCGAAUGGGAUAGCACGAGAGAUAGCUUCGAGCGUCACGAGGGAUGGACGUGAGCAGUCCUACUUAGCUCGUGGUGGUCAUGUGUGGUUGCAGUCCCGUAUCGAUGAGGAAAAGAGGCGUUAA